AUGGCAACCGGAACCGUUUCUCCAGUCUCCAAUAAUGGUUUAAAGCUUAUAAUCUUUGAUAAAGAUGGCACACUCGUGGACUUCCAUCGCAUGUGGCUGCCAUGGGCUGCCAAAACAGUCAAAUUAUUAGAAGACGCAACAAAGCUUCCGGUAGGGUCUGCCGUCUAUAAAACUUUGGGAGUUGAUCCCAUUAAAGGAAAGGUCUCAAUGGGUGCUUUAGCUGAGAAAACAUUAAUUGGAAUCCGAGCAGAUAUCUCAAAAACGCUGCAGACAUUCGGAAUUCCUGCAGAAGAAGCCGAUAAAAUUGUUGUUCAUGGAGUACCAGAAGCGAGCAGUGGCUUAACAGCUCCUGUCUGCGAUCUUAUUGGUUUGUUUACUGAACUGCGUGAAAUGGGCAUCAAACUGGCCUUGUGCACAGCUGACAGCAGACGAGCAACGGAAGAACAAAUGGAAGUCUUGGGAAUCUCAAAAAUGCUCGAUGAUGUUGUUUGUGGAAACGAUGCUGGAAUAAUUCCCAAGCCAUCCCCACAUUGUGCGAUGCAAAUCUGCAAACGAAUCGGAGUUCAAUUGAAUGAAGCUAUUAUUGUUGGUGACACCAUUGCUGACUUGAAAAUGGGACGUCUUGCCGGACUACGGGCAAGCGUUGCCGUCUUGAGUGGAGUUGGAAAUCGUGAAACUCUCUCUGAAUUCUCUGAUUAUUUUAUUGAAGAUGUCGGAGAGCUUCCAUCACUUAUCAGUGACCAAAUGAACGAAGACACCAAAAGAGGAUAA